AUGCUCUUCGACCGGGUGAAGCGGCUGGCGGUGGUGCUGGCGGAGGGUCCGGCGGAGGGUGCGGAGGGGUCGGCGGGGCCGGGCUGUGCGCCGGCCUUCGGGGCGGGGUCGCGGGUGUCGGGGCGGGUGGUGCUGGAGCUGUCGGGGGCGGCGCGGCUGGGCGCGCUGGGGCUGGAGGCGCGCGGCGUGGCGCGGGUCCACUGGACCGAGUCGCGCUCGGCCGGCUCCAGCACCGCCUACACCCAGAGCUACGGCGACCGCGUCGACUUCCUCAGCCACCGCCAGCCCCUCCUCGACCCCCACGACGGCGGCCAGGUGACGGUGCUGCCGGCCGGACGGCACGAGUUCCCCUUCGCCUUCCAGCUGCCCGAGAGCCUGGCCACCUCCUUCGAGGGCAAGCACGGCAGCGUCCGCUACUGGGUGAAGGCCAAGCUGCAGCGGCCCUGGGCCCCCACCAAGCGCGCCAAGCAGGACUUCACCGUCAUCGAGCCCGUGGACAUCAACACCCCCGCCCUGCUGGCUCCUCAGGCCGGUGUCAAAGAGAAACUGGCUCGCACCUGGUAUCGCAACCGGGGACAGGUGUCCGUCUCUGCUAAGAUCGACCGGAAAGGCUACACACCAGGUGAGGUCAUCCCCAUCUUUGCUGAAAUCGACAACGGCACCACUUGCUCGGUGGUCCCCAAAGCUGCCAUCAUCCAGACGCAGACGUUCCUGGCCCGGGGCACCAAGAAGCAGAAGAAGUCGGUGGUGGCCAGCAUCGUGGGCGACUCCAUCCCGGCCCACAAGAGGGAGGUGUGGCACGGGCGGGCCCUCAAGAUCCCCCCCGUGGGGCCCUCCAUCCUGCAGUGCCGCAUCAUCCACGUGGAGUACGCCCUCAAGGUCUGUGUCGAUGUUCCUGGGACUUCCAAGCUGCUCCUGGAGCUUCCCCUGGUGAUCGGGACGAUCCCGCUGCAUCCGUUCGGCAGCCGAACCUCCAGCGUCAGCAGCCAGUACAGCAUCAGUCUGGAUUGGCUCCAGAUGGGCAUUCCUGAACAGCCCGAGGCUCCGCCCGAUUACUCCUCUGUGGUGACCAGUGAAGAAGAACCCACCGAGAACCUGUGCCCUCCUUGCCAGGAUGAAGCCCCCAGCAUCUUUGAAGGGCCCUUCUUUGCCUACAUCCAAGAAUUCCGCUACCGGCCUCCCCCCCUCUACUCAGAGGUGGACCCCAAUCCCCCCUCAGACAACUCCAUCCGCCCGCGCUGCAUGACGUGCUGAAGGAAGCCUUGCCGGA